AUGUCGUACAUGCUCCUGCAUCUGCACAAUGGCUGGAAGGUAGACCAGGCCAUCCUGUCGGAGGAGGACCGCGUGGUCGUCGUUCAUUUUGGACACGACUGGGACCCCACUUGCAUGAAGAUGGACGAGGUUCUGUAUAGCAUCGCUGAAAAGAAAUGGAAGAUAGUGGGCGAUCUUUCUCAUCUUGUGUGA